AUGAGCCAGCAGUCACAAACAGGGCGUGCGGCCUCAUUUAACCGCGGCUACAAUGGCGGCGUCGACGGACCUCAAAUCUACUCGGCGUCGUAUUCGGGUGUCGAUGUGUACGAGAUGGAAGUAAACAACGUGGCCGUCAUGCGCCGUCGCCACGAUUCCUGGCUGAAUGCCACGCAGAUUCUCAAAGUCGCCGGCGUCGACAAAGGAAAGCGCACCAAGAUCCUCGAGAAGGAGAUCCAGAUUGGCGAGCACGAAAAGGUGCAGGGAGGCUACGGCAAAUAUCAGGGCACCUGGAUAAAAUUCGAGCGAGGAGUCGAAGUCUGCCGCCAGUACGGUGUGGAAGAGCUGCUGCGACCAUUGUUAACCUACGAUAUGGGCCAGGAUGGCGGUGUUGCAGGCCGAGGCGAUUUCAACACACCUACCAAGGAGCAAGCCAUGGCAGCACAGAGGAAACGCAUGUACAAUGCUGGAGGAGAUGGAAGACCCAAUGGUCUGUCGGGCACCUUUUUCAAAAACAUUUCCAGCACCGCCUCACACGCAGUUGCUGCUAUCAGCAAAGCUCGUUUUGGCUCCCCUGGACCCCGAAGUCGAAAUGGCCCAUCAAGAGCCCCCAGCUUUAGCCGCCAACCUUCGAUGCAAAAUGGCGAUGAUUUCCCCGGCAACUCGCAGCAAAGUUACACCUCCGACUAUACCAACCAAGGCGUCGACUCUGCUUACUCCACACAGCAGCAACAGCAACAGCAGCAACAACAUCAACAACAGUCCCAGCAUCAACAGCAGCAACCGAAUGGCAGUGUGAGCAUGCCCGACAACGAGCCGCCUAGAAAACGUGCACGGGUCACCAUGACUCCCGCCGACAGGUCGCCCACAGAACCGAACGAGUCCUUCGUAUAUACCCAGCAAAGCCAACUCAACGAUCGCGACGCUGUCGACGAAGGCAAGGGCCCGUCACCCCCGCUGCCCUAUGAGAUGUCUCCUGAUGUAGAGAUGAAACGAAGCAUGCUGAUGGGCCUCUUUAUGGAUUCAGCUACAGAGGAACUAUCACAUGAUAUGCUUCAGACAUUUACGCCUCUCGAACUUGAUAUGCCCAUUGAUCCUCAAAGCCACACCGCCCUUCACUGGGCAGCUACACUAGCACGAAUGCCUCUUUUGCGAGCUCUUAUCACUGCUGGCGCCUCGCCGCGACGGGUGAAUGCAUCGGGAGAGACAGCCCUUAUGCGGGCAUGCCUUGUUACAAACUCCAUGGACCAGGGCUCAUUCCCAGACCUUCUUGAGGUUCUGGGAGGUACUAUUGAGUUUCGCGAUCACAAGGGACGAACCGUUUUGCACCACAUCGCAGUGACCAGUGCGGUCAAAGGCCGCAACGCUGCCAGCCGAUACUAUCUCGAGAGUUUACUGGAGUGGGUAGUACGACAGGGCAGCGUCCCCAAUAGCCAAGCAACACAGUUGAAUGGCAACGACAGCUCAGGGGACACAGCGCUCAACAUUGCGGCUCGGAUUGGAAACAGGAGUAUAAUAUCUCAGCUUCUCGAGGUCGGAGCCGAUCCAGAGAUUGCCAACCGCGUUGGCCUACGGCCGUUGGAUUUUGGUAUUGGCGGUGAAAAUGCCGAAGGAAAACUGAAUGGCGAUGCCGCUGCCGAGAAGAAUGGCGCUCCGGGAUCCAGCCAGCGAAGUCGUGAGAGCAGCGAUGAGAUUAUUGAUUCCAUUACUCAUCUUCUAAACGAAACUGGUGCCACUUUCCAACAAGAAAUGAAGAGCAAACAAGCUUCUCUAGACAACCUACAUUCUACCCUCCGAACAACCUCUACCCAACUAGGAGAGGCCCGCCGAAGCGUCGAGCAAAUCACUGCCACCCUCAAGAAGCAACAGCUAGCCCGCCAAAAGGUCGCCAAUCUUACCCAUGCUCGAGAAGACGACCAAUUCAGAAUCAUGAACGAGCAAUCCAACGCCGCUCAGUCCAACCCAUCGUCAUCAUGGGAAACGGAGCUUGCCGCUAUGCUCGAGGCUGCAGAUGAAGCUUCAACAUCAGGUGGCUUCGCCAGCGAAGGAAUGCUGCCCUCUGCGACGAUCCUACGAGCACGAAUUCGCGCUAUCGAGAGCCGCAGAGAAGUUACCCGCAAAAUGGUCAUGGCCCUCAAGGGAAGGAGCCGCGACGUCGAAGUUAAGUAUCGUCGUGUCGUUGCUCUGUGCACGGGCGUCCCAGAGACGGAAGUGGAUGCCGUCGUUGACGGUCUUCUCAAGGCUGUUGAAAGCGAGAAAGACGAGCUGGAAAUUGGAAGAGUAAGGAGGUUCCUGGGAGGAGUCGAGGGCGUAGUGCACUAG